AUGUCCCACCAACAACCCUAUCCGAGCGGACGAUUCCAGCUCGUUGAGCCUGCGACCGCGUUGCGGAAUGAUGACGACACAGACCACGCCCUCCUCCCAAUCCUCUCCUACCUACACAGCAAUGGGAUCGUACUCUCCCCAGAGGACUUCGCCCUCCGCCUCCGCCACUGGAGCGAGCCAGGGCUGCGUGAAAUAAACAAACCCACCUACACCCUGAACCCAAAACCCACAGCAUACACUCACUGGUCAACAACCACCAACCACACCGCCGCCCCAAACGGCUCCCUCAUGCGCACGCACCCCCUCGGAAUCUUCUGUCUCGGCCUCUCAGUCGAGGAAACCUUCCGCACCGCAGCGGAAGUGCGGGCAGAAACGGAUGUGGUUGCGUUGGUGGAGCGCGUGGCUGGGUGGGUGGAGCGGUGGUUGGAGGUGCAGUCUCCCGAGUUCUAUGAUGGGGUUGUGUUGGAUCGGGUGAAGGUCGCGAGGUAUGUUUCUGUGCGUAGGUUUGGGGAGUUGGUGCUUGAUGAUGCGCUGAGGAUGGGGUAUGUGUUUAGGGCUCUGGGGGCGGGGAUGGGCAUUUGCGAGGAGAUUAUCACCGAGCUGGUGAUGCACGGCGGCGAUGCCGAUACGAAUGCUUGUGUUGCGGGCGCGUUGUUGGGCGCGUUGCUUGGGUUCACGGCUCUGCCAUCGCGGUGGCGCGAUGGGUUGGAGCAUCGUGCCUGGCUGCUUAGGAAGUGUGGCGCUCUUGCGUCGACUGUUGGGGUUGUUGAAGGGGAGGCGGCUGGUUAUAUUGGGAGCGAGGACCCCGAUACCGGGCUGGAUGUUGGGCGCGGGACGUUGGGUAGGCGGGAGCUGGAGGCGCGCGAGAUGGCGCUUAUGGAGGCGUAUCUGAACCGGAAGACGAGACUGUUGAAAUCCGUCAGCUGGAUCCUCUGGAGAGAUUGUGAUUACUCAAGAUCAACUUAA